AUGAGUAAAGAAUUGAGUAAUUGGUACAAGUAUGAUUCGUAUAAUUCUGGAGUCAUCCUAAUAGAUAUUCGAAAAUCAUUACAAUAUCCUUGGAAACAAAUAUUGGAAGAAACUAUCCAAGAUGUUGGAGUAACCCAACUUGCAGAUCAGGAUAUUUUCAAUGUAAUUGAUAGAAAAACAAGAGGAAAGUGGUUCCAUCGAAUAGAUUGUGGACUAAACUUGCAACAUGCUGGAUGGAAAGAGUGUUCUACAAGUUGUGUAAGAAUCAUUCAUUUCAAUGCCAUGCCAAAUAUUCAAAAUACCACCAAUCUUGCUUCCAUGCUGAACUAUGCCAGAAAAACCUAUCAGUCAAUUGGUUGUGAAACGACUAUUUUCCCACAUGAUAAUUUGUUUAAUUGGAUUGGUAAUUCAAACAUUAGCCUUAUCUGUAAAUAA